AUGGAACAAACACCACACAUAGCAAUGAUACCAUCCCCUGGGAUGGGUCACCUCAUCCCAAUCGUUGAAUUUGCUAAGCGGUUCAUCCUUCAACACAACUAUUUCACCAUAACUCUCGUCAUCCCAAACGACGGACCUCUGUCCAAAGCCCAGAACACAUUCCUCGAAGCUCUUCCAAAUGGCAUAAACUACAUUACUCUCCCACCUGUUAACUUCGAUGAUCUAAACGAUGAUAUUAAAGUUGAAACGAAGGUAAAGCUCAUAGUGAAUCGCUCUGUUCCCUCUGUUCGCAACGUUCUUAAACAGUUAACUGCGACGACUCGGUUAGUUGCUCUUGUUGCUGAUCUUUUUAGUACUGAUGCAUUUGAUAUUGCCAAGGAAUUCAAGGUCUCUCCAUUUCUUUUCUUCCCAUCAACGGCUAUGGCAAUGCUAUUCGCCUUUUAUUUGCCUAAGCUUGAUGAGACUGUGUCAUGCGAAUACAGAGACCUACCUGAACCGGUUAAACUUCCCGGUUGCGUACCGAUUCAUGGAAGGGACCUGCUGGACCCGGUUCAAGACAGAAAGAAUGAUUCAUACAAAUGGUUUCUUCAUCACGCAAAGGGGUAUAGACUGGCUGAGGGUAUCAUACUGAAUAGCUUCAAGGACGUGGAGCCAGGAGCCAUUGAAGCUUUGCAAGUGGAAGAACCGGGUAAGCCGCCGGUUUACCCUAUUGGACCGCUUAUACAAAUGGGUUCAAGUAGGGAGACUGAUGGGUCAGGUUGUUUAAGAUGGUUAGAUGAUCAGCCGAGUAACUCUGUAUUGUUCAUCUCCUUUGGAAGUGUUGGGACCCUCUCAUAUGAUCAGCUCCAUGAACUUGCACUAGGGUUGGAAUUGAGUGAGCAUAGAUUUUUAUGGGUUGUUAGGAGUCCAAAUGAAGGGGCUGCCAAUGCUACAUUCUUCAAUGCCCAUGGCCAAGACGACCCUUUUGAUUUUCUACCAAAAGGGUUCAUUGAUAGAACCAAAGGGCGGGGGCUCGUAGUGCCCUCUUGGGCACCACAAGCCCAAAUCCUGAGCCAUGGCUCAACCGGUGGAUUUUUAACCCACUGUGGUUGGAAUUCGACACUUGAAAGUGUGGUAAGUGGAAUCCCAUUGAUUGCUUGGCCACUAUACGCAGAGCAGAAGAUGAAUGCUGUGAUGCUGACUGAUGAUAUGAAAGUGGCUUUGAGACCAAAAAUUGAUGAAAAUGGUUGUGACGGGUCUAAUGGAAGGAGCAGAAGGGAAGGGUUUACGCAACCGAAUGAAGACCUAAAAGAUGCAGCUGCAAAGGCGCUUAGUGGAGAAGGGUCUUCCCCGAAAGCACUUGCUGAAUUGGCUUGCAAGUGGAAGAAUAAGAUUAGUCCUUAG